AUAUGUCUACUACUCUGUUAGUGUGACACAAAAGAAUCUUGAAUCUUGACGAUCCAAGCAAUUUCAUCAUUCAAUUUAAUUUUGAAAACGGAAAAGAAAAUCAAACCAAAAUGCCUAGACAAAAUAAUAGGCGUGGUGGUAAUAGAAUCUGGAACAAUGACAAUAGAUACAACAACGGAGGAAACCAAUUCGGAGAGCACGAUGAUCGCGGUGAAAACACUGGAAAUAAAUUGCAUCGUACAAAGAACACCCGCCGUGUCAGUUUCAAGCCGUCUGGUGCAGGAGGAACAGGAGGUCGUCAAUUCAACAACAAACCACAAAAGAAUCUAAAUUUAGCAAUACGAACCACACUAGAUGAUGAUGAUGACAUGGUCGAUUUUCCCAAUGGCCUGAAUCGUGAUGGGAACUAUCACAGAAACCCGAAUGCAAGACUUCGCCGACGUGGAUCACCUGUACCUCGUACGGGCCACGGACCACCUGGAAUGCGAAAAUUAGUUAGUGGUACAUCGGGCUGGUUUCUAGUAACCGUACCACAUGGCCAGAAAUACGAUAAGGAGUACGUCCUGAAAGAGCUACAAACACUUGUAGCCCCGGAAUCGCUCAUACCACAUUACGUCAAAGUGGAAUCGUCGGCUCUCUGUUUUUAUGUGGACGACAUCAAAAUCGCCCAGACGCUAUUGCAAGGUGACCGUCGUAUCACCUUACCGGACGGCUUUAAGAUGAUCAUUCGUGUGCGGAACAAUAUACCGCAAGUGCAAAUCGACGCAAAUUUGAAGGAGAAAAUGAAAUUGGCAAUGGCAAAACGAUACACGGCUGCAACGAAGGCAUUGGAUCUGACGAAAUUCCACACGGACGUCGAUUUGAAAGAUAUAUUUUGUGCACUGUUUAGGCCGACCAUAAUGUUGGCAGCGAUUGACAUAAUCGCAGAGAACAUACCCGAUCUGGAAGCACUGGAUUUGAGUGACAACAAAAUACAUUUGUUGGAUCACCUGAAGUGUUUGGCCAAAAAAUUGCCCUGCUUGAAAAUCUUGCACAUGGCCAAUAAUAAGAUAACAUCGCCAAAUUCAUUGGACGCACUAAAAGAAUGUCAACUGGUAGAUUUGGUGCUGAAGGGAAAUCCGUUAAGGGACCGACUGCGCGAGGAAACUGUCUACAUCAGCGAAAUUCGGAAAAAGUUCCCAAAGCUGCUAAGAUUGGAUUUCAUCAAUCUACCACCACCAAUGGGCUUCGACAUUCCCGACGAGAUGAAUAUGCCGUCACCGAAGGCAUCAUACCUGUGCAAUUACAGUGGUGCUGAUAUUGUUCGACAAUUCCUCGAACAAUAUUUCAUCAUCUUCGAUUCGGACAAUCGACAGCCAUUACUGGAUGCAUAUCAUGAACAUGCCAUGUUCUCAUUAACGGCAACACAUAGUUCGCAACAGGGUCAACGAUUGGGGUCAUACCUGCCGCACAAUCGGAACAUUCUAAGAAUAAAAGAUUACGAAGCCAGAGGUCGUCACCUGAAAAGCGGCCGAUUGCCAGUGGUUUCGUUUUUAUCUGAAUUACCAGCUACACAACACGAUCCCAACUCAUUCGCUGUGGAUUUGUCAUUUUUUACGCCCAAAUUGAUGCUGCUUACGGUCACCGGACUGUAUCGCGAACGAUCCAAACCAACCGAAAACAUCUGCUCAUUUCAACGCAUACUCGUCAUUGUGCCAUCGGGAAGCGGCUUUUGCAUCAAAAACGAAAUGCUGCACAUAAACAAUCCGACGAUGGUUCAAAUAAAGAGUGCAUUCAAAACGACCGCUCCGUCGACACCAGCACCAACACCAUCGAUAGCAGCUCCAGCACCAUCCACAUCGGCACCAUCGUCCACCGACGAUGCGACUAAAUUGCAAAUGGUCCAAUUAAUGUCACAGCGAAGUAACAUGAACUUGGAGUGGAGUGAAAAAUGUCUGAUUGAAACAAACUGGGACUUUGACCGAGCCGCAUUCGUAUUCACCGAAUUGAAUAACCAGCACAAGAUACCGGCCGAGGCAUUCGCAAAGUGAACCCGAAAUAUGUGUGUGUGGAGUGGAAGCGUGUCUGAUGUUUUAGAGUAAUUUUGAAUUUUUAAUUUUUUUUUUUGCUUUCAUUACUUUUAUUGUAACUGAAGUAAAUAAAUGAAAAAAUCUUAAUUUAUAAAACCAAAACAAAAAAAAAGAAGAAAAAAUUGAACUUCAGCGUUCCGGGUGUGGUUUCUAUUUUGUGUAAAUAGAUUAAUUUGAAUAGAUUUUAAUGGACUGAAUAUGAUAAAAUCGGUUGUUCUGGCGAAUUGUGCCCUUGUCUUGUAUACAUUUAGUUAAUUUGCUUUCUUCCUGUUUUCUAUUUAAAACAAUUAACAGAGAUAUCACACUGACAAUUUUGUGUGCUGUCCAAUCGAAUAUAUAUUUAAAUACCUAUUUUACCUCCCCAUCACAAUGUAAUUAAAUCGUCAUCAACAACCGAACUAU